AUGUCUCUGACUUUGGAUGAAUUCUUUCUCAUGGUCUCCACCAAAAAUGAAAUCGAGACCGGAAGUCUGAUGCUCGUCGAGCCCAGCGACGUUAGAUACGAUUACUACAAAGGACUCAUGCAAGCAUCCUUCAGAAGACGUGCAAUUAUGGACGGAAUAGAAAAGGAGCUGUCUCAGGAGCAAGUGCAGGAGAACGUCGAAAAUGGAUACCAAGCAAUUGAAGAGUUUCUUCCCCGCACUCUUGAUAUGCUGUGAGUUGUUUAAUUCAAUAAAACUCACAAAACGGGACCAAACGGGACAAAAACCGACCGAGAAGGGUAUUAAUAACUCAAAAAUGAAGAUAACGUGAUUCAGUGCGAUGAAAUAGCCGCUCACAACUACGAAUUCCUCUUUUAAAUAAAUUUUUUGAGCGGUUCUACUGGUUUUUAAGCUUGAAAAGAAAUUUAUAGUGUAGAUGCUCGGAAACAACAUUGAAUUUGUAUCAAUUUAGCUAAACAUGAUUUUUUUUCUACUCAAAACUUGAGCUAUUGAGAAAUCCUAUAAGCCCCCACUUUGGGAAGUGACUAAACAAAGUUUCUCUACCACUUCCUGUCCUGUUGACCAUCAAAACCAACUUUUUGCGACCAAUGUCUUGUUCGUUUGAGUCGUGUUUUUUUGAGAAAAGUUUGUAUUACUACCAAGGAACCGUUUUUAAACAUUUUAAACAAUCUACAAUUUCAGCCGCUAUUUGGUUCGCGAGGGAAUUGCUGAGAACAACACGGCUAGUCAGGAGCCCAGAAGUAAGACAGCGAAGAAGCGUAAGGCAACACCGACUUCAAUGGAAAGCACUCAGCAGUCUGACAAGACUAUCCCGGCCAAGAAGAGCAAAAAGAACACUGAUAAGAGCUCCCCGGCAAAGAAGACCAAGAAGUCAGAGGAUUCUGCUGUGACCGUCCACGCCGAGAAGAGCAAGAAGAGCAUUGGCAAGAACUCCGCGAAAAAGAAGACCAAGAAGUCGGAGGAUUCUGGUGUGACCGUCCAGGCCGAGAAGAGCAAGAAGAGAAUUGACAAGAGCUCCACGGCGAAAAAGACCAGGAAGGCGGAGGAUUCUGGUGUGACCGUCCAGGCCGAGAACAAUAAGAAGAGCAUUAGCAAGAGCUCCGUGGCGAAGAAGACUAAUAAGUCGAAGAAACGCUCGACCAAAUAG